AUUCAAUAACUUCUCCCAGACUUUGGCAUUGCAUUACAUCUUGGGCCGUCUCUUCUUAUCUUCACUUUGUGAUACAUGAAAAUUGACCUUGACCAAAAUUGUUUGAUUCUUUGACUCUUGUAGUUCUCUUUCUUCUUCCAAAUACGCUCGCAUCACAGAAACUUCAAUAUGUCGACAAGACCACCCUCUCGCGUCGUCUUUGUCGGCAAUAUUCCCUAUGGCUUGACCGAAGAGCAAAUCACCGACAUUUUCAGCAGCGCAGGCAAAGUCGAGCGAUUCCGUCUUGUGUAUGAUCCCGAGACUGGACGACCUAAAGGAUUCGGCUUCGCAGACUAUCCAGAUACCGAUUCCGCCUCGUCCGCUGUGCGCAACCUGAACGAUUUCGAGAUCAUGGGCCGAAAGCUUCGCGUCGAUUUUAGUAACGACCAAAAGAGUAGCGAUGACGACAAGGACCCAGGCAUGUCUAACUACAAUCCGCACGUCUCCAAUGGCGCAGUUCCCAGCUACAGUGCUCAGCCAAGCACUCUUCCUCCUCUGCCUGCUGGAAAGGAGCUUCCUCACGGUGUCUCUUGCGCUGAUGCUAUUUCACGAACGCUCGAAACCCUCCCUCCUCCUCAACUCCUCGAUAUUCUCUCCCAGAUGAAGACACUUGCCAGUAGCGAACCGCAGCGCGCCACCGAACUCCUCCAACAAGCGCCUCAGCUGGCCUACGCUGUGUUCCAGGCUCUUCUCCUCAUGGGGCUCGUUUCUCCCGAAGCCAUCCAGUCUGUCGUUGAGCCUGGAGCUCCCCCCGCCGCGUUCCCUCCUGCGCCCAUGCCUAACUACCCUGUUGCGAGUAACACUCCUCCUGUUGCUACCAUGCCUUAUCAGGCACCACCUCAGCCCUAUGCUGCUGCUCCUGUCGCGGCUCCCGCACAAGCUGCGCAGGAUCCUGAUGCCUUGAUGCGCGCAGUUAUGGAGCUUCCUCAGUCCCAAAUUGACAUGCUUCCUGAGGCAGAGAGGCAACAAAUUUUGGCUCUCCGUGCUACGUUUGCUGGACAGCGGAGGUAGACACAUACUCUCCAGCACGUUUUAGGUGUGCGUCAUCGGAAACUUCACAGAUCAUUACACAUUAUCAAACAUUUCAACGGCGCGUCAUAUCCUGGCCAAGGUCGGCAUUUGGGUGUAUAAGGCGUUAGGGUGCAGGCUCAGUUAUGAAUUUAGUGUUAGGGAGGAAGCCAUUUCUGGGCAAUAACCGGAAAGCAGGGCAACAUCUGCAUGUACUAUGCAUGUAAAUCUAGAAGCACGAGAGAUCAAAUUAUAACUCUACGUAAUUGGGUUCUGGAUGCAUCUUUCUUAUUUGUAGCUUUUGGUCUUGGUGCGAUGAGAACAAAUGCUACUCGAGAACGCAGUUCAAGUAUAGGGUGGGUUGCUUCAGAUGUUGGUAUAAUACUGAUUGAAUAUGG